AUGAUGUUCGACUUCAUCUUGCAGUGGAUCCAUCAAAUCCUCGACUAUGCCCUCUCAACAAUUAGAACUGUCCAAAAUCGCCAGAUAGGCUGGAAAACACUGAAUCGCAAAACGGGCUGCUAUGAGCGCGAAAAGCAGCCCAUAUGGAAGAAGAUCAAGCUCUGGAUCCUCUUCAGUCGUCCUAUCGAGUGGAUUGAUCGCACUCAACUACUCCGGCUAUGGAUCCACGAGAAGACAAUCAAAGCUGGGAAAGAGGAAGGCACGCCGGCGUCUGCUCGGCAGAUCAAGGCCUUUGUGGACUUCUAUCACAUCAACAUGGAAGACUUCACUCCCUCCGACAUCCACGAAUAUCGCACCUUUGAGGACUUCUUCAUCCGACAGCACAAGCCCGGCUCACGACCCAUCUUCGAACCUGACGACCCAACGCGGGCCGUGGUCGUCGCCGACUGUCGGCUGGUGGUGUACCCGAGCGUGGCACAGACCAAGAAACUCUGGAUCAAAGGGAAGAACUUUACCGUGGGCAACCUGAUCCGCGACGACGAGGCCGCCAAAGUAUGGCACAACGGUGCCAUCGCGAGUUUUCGGUUGUCACCUCAAGAUUACCACCGCUACCACUCUCCCGUCAAUGGGACCAUUGAGUGGUUCAAACAGAUCCCGGGAAACUACUACCAAGUGGACCCCAUGUGCCUACAAAGCGACAUCGACAUUUUGACCACGAACGCACGGUGCGCCGUGUGCAUCAACUCUCAAGAAUUUGGGAAAGUGUUGUUCGUGGCCAUCGGCGCCACCGACGUGGGCACCGUCGAGAUCAACCCAAAAUGCCAAAGGCCCGGGUCCGAAAUCAGAAAGGGCGACGAGGUGGGACUGUUCCAGUACGGCGGCUCGAGCAUCAUCGUGGCGUUUGAGCAAGGGAGAAUCCAGUUCGACGAGGAUUUGUUGAGUGUGAGCCGCCACUUGGUCAUGAUGGAUGUCGAGGUGGGCAUGAGUCUCGGACGCGCUACACAGCCUUCAGAGAUCUGA